AUGCUGCUUCGAGAGCGCGAAGCAGACGUGCAAGCUCCAAGAAGCAUCAAACUUAUCUAUCGAAGUAUAAUGGCUACACCCUCGGAAUCCCAAAGCCGAACUUCAACUCCGCGGUCAUUCGCAACCCAAACGGUGUCCGCAGAGGACCUCUUAAAGUCCCAAACAGUCGGAUUAGUUAAUUUAUCAGAGUUCCGUAAACGACGAGCGGAUAUUCUUGAGCAGAAAGAACGAGAAGCCCAUGACAAGUCAUUAGGCCGGCUGAGCGUUGGAAACUCAAGGAGUGCCACUCCAUCAUUUGGGGAUGUUACAGAUGGUGGUGUGACAGGUCAAAGCGAUUCGGCGCAGCCACCACGAAAGAAGAGGAACAAGAAGGCUAAAAGCAAAUUAUCAUUUGACGAUGACGAGAACGACGCUGAAACGGAACUUCUGACCAGGGUAUCUCCAGUCUCCAGAGAUACCCGAUCUCCAUCCAAAAACACCAGCGACGGAACGCCUCAGCCGCGCAUUCGAAAACUGGCACCAAAUCCAAAUCUAACUAUUCCGGCACCCAAAGCCAUGACAAAGGCUUCGAUUGAAGCCGAAGCUCAGAUGCGGGAUGUGCUCAGAAAAGAGUUUUUGGUUAUUCAAGAGAAAGUGAAAGCUACUGAGAUACUCAUUCCAUUUGUUUUCUAUGAUGGAACAAAUAUACCUGCCGGGAAAGUUAAAGUAAAGAAAGGUGAUCCAGUAUGGCUGUUCCUGGAUCGAUGUCGUAAAGUUGGGGCAGAAUUAGGCGUUGGGGGUGCUGGGGGUGGAGGAAAAGGGCGAAGAGAUAAUCGCCGAGAAUGGGCGAGAGUCGGUGUGGACGAUCUGAUGUUGGUACGAGGAGAUAUUAUCAUACCUCACCAUUACGAGUUUUACUAUUUCAUCGCGAACCGAGUGCCAUCUUUCACGAGUAGUGGGGGGUUGUUGUUCGACUAUUCAAACACUGCACCCGCUGAAGACGAUCAGGAAUCGCCUCUACCCCUUGAAGGAGCGGACAUGGACCCCACAUUUACGAAGGUCGUCGACCGAAGAUGGUUUGAAAGGAAUAAACAUAUAUUCCCGGCAAGCCUUUGGCGCGAAUUCGAGCCUGGGAAAGAAUUUGAAGAGAAAAUGCGAGGUGUCAGACGGGAUAACCAGGGGAAUACGUUCUUUUUCUAA